AUGACGACGACACCAUUAUCAUUGUCACCGCCAUCGUCAUCAAAUAUCUCAAAACUCUUUUCAUCUUUGCCACCUGAACAACAAACCUCUUUUAGUAUAAAUGAAUUAACAACCAACCAAGAAGAUUUCAAAUCAGCAAAUAACGAUCAUUAUACUGAUACAUUUUCCAAUUUUUCUUCAAUAUUAACCGAGCAAAUUAUAAAUAUGCCAUCAGCGGCUGCUGCCUCUAUGACAACUUGGACACCUUCUUCACUUGGUUCUUUAAGUAAUUCUAUUACUGAUUCAUUAACUUUCAACACGAAUAAAGCUCCCUCUCCUUCUGUUGGUGUUGGUUUUAAUAAUUAUUUAACUAGUAUGGCAAGCGUUGGCGGGGGAAUGAGAGAUAAUAUUAGUGUUGGUACUAGUGGGAGUGUUUACACUGGAGAUCAACAGGCUCAACAAGCAAAUUUAAAAGAAAAAGCAAAACGAGCAAGUGCAGAAGUCGAGCAUUACUUGUAUCAUUUAUAUAAUGAUUCAUCCAUUGGAUUAUAUCAUAUGAGCGAACAUAUUAGAAGACGAGUACCACAAAUCAUUGAAGAUAAAAAAUCUUUAAUUUCAUCAACAAAAGAUGUUGAAAUAUCUAAUUCUGAUAUGAAAGAUUCCUUGGAAAUUGUUGAAUCAAUAACAAAAACAUCAAGUUUUGAUAAUAUUGAUGAAAUGUUAAAAAAUACAAUUAAACUAAUCCAAGGAUCAAAGAGUAAAAAAGGUGUAAAAAAAUAA